CCGGGCCCCCCCUCUGACACAUUCCUGGCAGGGGGCCGAGGGCGGCUGCGUGGGGCCAGCACGAGGGGAGCGUGGCCAUGGGGAUGGGGCUGCGGGGUCGUCCCGGGAUGGGGCCACCAUGGGGAGCACGUGGCUGAGCCAAUGGGGAAUGUGGGGAGCGCUGGGGGGCUGCAAGCCCCCAUGGGGUGCACGGGAGCUUCGUUGGCCCCGUGAGUGACCCCUGUGCCAUGGGGUGCCAGCCCUAUGCCACGCCCCAUACGUAGGAGGCCUUGGUGCCCCAUGGCUGUGCUCACAGUGCUGCAGAGAUGUUUCCAGCCCGGACACCCCAGGACAACGAUCUGGGGAUGGUUCUGCUCCACGUGGCCCCACACCGCUCCCAGCACUCAGCCACCCCAGUCCCCAGGGCCGCCCAUGGCCCUGUACACAGGAUGUGCCGCAGAGUGGGUGUGUGCCUCAGUUUCCCCCCACGGCACCAACACCGCUGUCCGUGCCACCCCACCGCUGUCUCCCAGCCCACGGAGCCAGAUGGCCCAGGCACAGAGCUGUGGGGUGCCCUGGUGCUCAGCCCCCACCCGCCGCCACGAUGGGGGCUGGCUCUGGGGUGGCCGGAGCCCGUUCCAGCCCCAAGCAGCACGCAAGCCGGAACACAUAUUUCAGAGCCACAACGGGGAGCAGCUGCCCGAGUGUCCCAGGGCUGGCGCAGGGGAGAGAUCUCGUCCCAGCGCCGGCGCCCCACUCGAGGAUGCUGCGCGGGAGCGUGCUGCUGCUGUGCCUGCUGCUGCCGUGCCUGCUGCUGCCCUGCUCAGGGCAGCAGUUCCAGCAGGAGGCCGAGCGCAUCAUGAACGCCACGCCGGUCAUCGAUGGGCACAAUGACCUGCCCUGGCAGCUCCUCAAACUGUUCAAUAACCAACUGCUGCUGCCGGCAUCCAACCUGACGCAGCUGAACAACACCCACACCAACAUCCCCAAGCUGAACACUGGGCACGUGGGCGGCCAGUUCUGGUCGGUGUACGUGCCCUGUGACACGCAGAACAAGGACGCGGUGAAGCGCACACUGGAGCAGAUCGACGUGGUGCACCGCAUGUGCGAGCUGUACCCCGAGACCUUCGCCUGCGUUGUUGACAGCGCAGGCAUCGAGCAGGCGUUCCGGGACAAGAAGGUGGCCAGCCUCAUCGGCGUGGAGGGCGGCCACUCCAUCGAUAGCAGCCUGGGUGUGCUGCGCACCUUCUACCGCCUGGGCGUGCGCUACAUGACCCUGACGCACAGCUGCAACACACCCUGGGCUGACAACUGGCUGGUGGACACCGAGGAGGAGCAACCCGUGCACCACGGCCUCACGCCCUUUGGGAAGCUUAUUCUGGAGGAGAUGAACCGCCUGGGCAUGAUUGUGGACCUGGCCCACGUCUCAGUGGAGACCAUGAAGAUGGCACUGAACGUCUCCAAAGCCCCUGUCAUCUUCAGCCACUCCUCUGCCUACAGCAUCUGCCCGCACGCCCGCAACGUGCCUGACGAUGUGCUGCGGAUGGUGGCCUCCACAGGCAGCCUGGUGAUGGUCAACUUCUACAACCAGUACGUGACCUGCAACAACAUGGCCACGCUGGCCGAUGUCGCAAACCAUAUGGACCAUGUGAAGAAGGUGGCGGGUGCCGAUUACGUUGGCUUUGGCGGGGACUAUGAUGGUGUCACGGGGCUGCCCACGGGGCUGGAGGACGUCUCCAAGUACCCUGCGCUGGUGGCGGAGCUGCUGGCCAGGAACUGGACGGAGCAGGAGGUGAGCGCGGCGCUGGCCAACAACCUGCUGCGAGUGUUCAGGAGGGUGGAGAUGGUGAAGGAGUCCCUGCGGGGCACGCUACCCCUCGAGGAGCCCAUCGCCCUGGAGGAGCUGGAAGGAGAGUGCCGCACGACCUAUGGCUACUCGCCCCCCCCCACCACCGAUGCCGGCCCAGCCCUGCCCCUGUCAGCAGCACUGGUGCUGGUGCUGCCCCUGCUCAGCACCCUGCUGCCGUAGUGCCCACAUCCUGCCCCAUCCUAGCCACAAAAUAAAGCCAUCCUGCUCGGUGUUCGGGCUGUCACCGCACCAGGAGUGAGACAUCACCGCAACAACACGCGGCCAGGGUGGCAGCGGGGCUGCCUCCGCAGGAUGCUUACAUUAAUCAUUAGCUAAUUAAUUGGCUACUCAAUCAUCUUCUUAGCAAUUUCCUCUCACAUUUGGGAACAGCGUGUCUUUGGAGCGGAGGCAGCUCUGGGCACCAGAAAAACAAGCUUGUGCAGGAGAGUCAUCUUCCUGUGGCAUUCACAAUUUGGCUGAGGCACAGAGCCCUCUCUGCCAGCGGGGAGCGGGGAGGGGAUGAGCCCCAGUCCCACCGGGAUGGCAC